AUGUUGUCUAUAGCAGUGGUAUUAUUUGUGGCACAGAGCGUCCUCACCGCACCGUCGGUUGACGUCAAUUUCUAUAAAAUCAACGAUAUCCCUUCAGUCCGUGACAAUGGCCAACUCGUUUCAAGCUACCUGACCGAUGGUUUAUUCGAAUACAUCGAUGGUGGUGAUGUUCCGCUUUACGCCCAAAUUAUGAUGCAAGACAUCAACGAAAUGGCUAACAAGCCCGACCCUGCCACCCAAGCGACUGCUGUCAUGCAAAGCAUCGCUACUGUUGGAGAACUAGCCAACGGUUCCCCUGGUGACGCUUGCGAAGCUGCUGCGCUCGUCAACGCAUACGCAUACGCGGUCAGCACUGGCAACAGCGCUGGACUCCGCGGUGCCGUUGUCAACUUUGUGCAACGCAUCGCUGGCUACAUCGACACCAUCGUCCAAUUGGUUGUAAACCCCAAUGGCGUCCGUUAUUCGUCUGGACCAAAAGGUAAAUGUCUCGGUGGUGGAAGAAGCUACCAAUUCGAAGAAGCUUGGGACGCCAUCCUUGACAAAGCCAACGCUUACCAAGUUGGUCUCUUGAACGAGGAGUACUGCGCCUCUAAGCGUCUGUACAACGCGAUGAACGUCCGCAGCAACAACGUGGCGGCCGCCAUCACUGCCACUUCCACCAGUCCAAUAAACCAAGUCUCACGUAUCGCCAUUAGACCAGUGACACAAUUCUUGAGAGUAAUCAUUGGCGGCGGCAACCCUGUGCAAGCGGCAGCCAACGCCAAAGCUGCCAUACUUCAAGCACUCGCCGAAGUUAAGUACUGAAGACAGGAGUGACAGCUAAAUAUAUAGUAUAAUAUAUAUACAUUUAAUGCAUAAACCAAAAACCGUUCAACGAAUCAUAAUUAUAUUUCUAUUUAUCGAUUAUAUAAAUCCAAUAAAAAAGUUACAAAUAUUGCAGAGUUUGUGAUACAAUAAUAGAUGGAUUAUUAUUAUUAUGUAAAUAUAAGUUUUUAAAUAAAAACACGACUUGGCUUUUAUUUUUCGGCUUCACGAUAUCUGUUUUGUUUAUUGUAAAGUAAAGAUGUAUCCCGUAUCCUAAAA